AUGUCCAAAACGCACAUUAAUGUUGAGACUGCCAUGGGUAGAAUGGGUUUUAGAAAAGUUGGUGAUUUCAAACUCACCCAAUAAAUCACUAAUUUAAAAGUAGUGGGAAUUAUGACACAUCUAGCCAGAGAAUAUGAGGCUCCUCCAAAUGAUGAAAUAGCCACUAGAGCAUAAGUGGAUUUAUUCAAAACAUUCAUCUCUUAAUUAAACUUAGAACCAACCGUCAUUAAACAUGUAGCUAAUUCAGCGGGCUUUGACAAAAGAAAUAUACAUAAUUUGAUAUGGUUAGAGCUGGCUCUAUUGCCUAUGGGGAAGAUAAAAAUUAAUUCUAAGACCCAAGAGGAAUAAUUAAACCUAUUUUUCAUAAAUGAAGAACAAGUGUUGUAAUUAUUUUAAGAUUCCUCCUAAUAGUCCUAUUGGUUACAAUGGGAUUUAAAGAACCAGAUAGAGAAUCAACAACAGCAAUACGAGUUGGUUGGAUUCCCAUAAUAUGGUUUUAGUUAGGAGAAAAAGAUUCCCUAAAAUUGGGAAGACCACAAAGAAUAUGCUUGUUGUUGA